AACUGGAUAUGAGAAAACAAAUAGAAAGUCUAUUUGAUAAGAUGAGGCAACCUUUUAUGUCUUUACGCGUCAUCAUCAUCCUUACAUUGAGAUUUCUCUGCUUUUCCUAAUCAUUACUCCUUAAUCUAUUUUUUCCUCCCUCUCUCUCUCUCUAUCCAGAUCUCAAGUCAAUUCUCCCAGAGCCUAUCUUCUCAAUUUGAUCUUUAUUGUUCAUUCUUGGAUCUGUCGCAGCAGCCUCAAGAGGAUUCAUUCACGAAACCUCAGAUAGAUCUUCGGUACCAUUUGGCUAAUAUGUGAAACAUAUUUACCAUAUAAUUUGAUAUUGUUUGUAUGUAAAAGUAUAUUUAGGGGAUUGAAGAGAAGCGAUCAUGUCCUUUAGAUCACAUUCUACAGGGAGCAGUCAAUUUGCAGAGAAGAUAACCGAUGAUCCGGUAACGUAUAAGACCGCACAAAGCACCGUGACAUGCAUGUAUCAGACGCAUAUAUCUGGAUUUUGGAGGAAUGUGACGGUUCUAUGGUCCAAGAAUCUCAUGAACCAUUCUCUAACGGUCAUGGUCACAAGCGUGGAAGGCGAUAUGAAUUAUUGCUGCAAGGUUGACCUUAAGCCGUGGCAUUUCUGGAACAAGAAAGGGUACAAGUCUUUUGAGGUCGAAGGAAACCCUGUAGAGGUGUAUUGGGAUUUCAGGUCUGCGAAAUUCACGAGCAGCCCCGAGCCUAGCUCCGACUUCUACGUGGCUCUAGUCGCGGAGGAAGAGGUGGUUUUGUUGGUGGGUGAUUACAAGAAGAAGGCUUUCAAGAGAACAAAAUCGAGACCCGCUUUGGUCGAGGCUGCCUUGUUUUACAAGAAAGAAAACGUGUUUGGGAAGAAGAGUUUCGCUACGAGGGCUAAGUUUUACGACAGGAAAAAAGAGCACGAGAUCAACGUGGAGAGCUCUAUCUCCGGGACCAAAGAGCCAGAGAUGUGGAUAAGUAUCGACGGGAUUGUGUUGGUACAGGUCAAGAAUCUGCAGUGGAAAUUCAGAGGGAACCAGACCGUGUUGGUAGAUAAACAACCUGUUCAAGUCUUUUGGGAUGUGUAUGAUUGGUUGUUCAGUGCGCCGGGGACAGGACAUGGUCUGUUUAUAUUCAAACCAGGGACCGCAGAAGACAGCGACAUGGAAGGAAGUGGUCAUGGUGGUGGUGAGAGUGAUACGAGCACAGGGAGCAGGUACCAUUCGACCAAGAGUGGCUCUUGGCCGCCUGAGUUUUGCCUCUUUCUUUAUGCUUGGAAACUUGAAUAGUAGUCUAUCAAAACGAGAAGCUUUUGUCAAGAAAAUGUAAUAUACGGGUUUGAUUGAUCUCAAAUGGUAUCAUUAUCGCAAAUCUUUAGGGUACGAUAUACAAAUCGUAGUCAAGCUUUGGUCUAUUCAUCUAUUGUUGUUUCUUGUGGCUGUAAAUCAUUCUUACUCUUUCGUUUGUUAUUGACAAGUUGACAACAUCACAA